AUGUUUAUAGUAUCCCUUGGUUUAUUAUUUGAUUCUAAAUAUGAAGAUCUUGUAUCAUCUUCACCUAGUGGGGUUGUGAGCACUCGAGCAAAACAAGUUUACACCAUUGCUUCAAGAACGGCUACAAUCACUUCUUCUCCAACUCAAACCAUUUAUCAACCAUUCACAUCUCCUAGAUUAUUAUCCAUCCAAUUUAAUGUUUGCAAAUUCAUUAAUCGAUUAAUUUAUGGCACUCGCAGAUAUCAAGAAUUAUUUCCACCAAUUACCAAAAUUGCCAAUUUUAAUAAUACCAAACCCAUCGCUGAAUACAAGAAAUCACAUGAAUUAGAUGGAGCAUCAUUACCUUUACCAACAACAACAACAACCAAUUAUAAUCAUCAAGGUAAAUCAAACUUCCCUAUUAAUUGUGCUGUUGAUGAUUUGGAUUUAAUGUUUGAUGGUGGUGAUCAGAUUACAAUUUUUGACUCGGCAAUUGAUGAUUUACACCAUAUACACCCGCAGUAUUGCCAUGGACAUAAUAUGGGAUAUCCUGAUUCCAGUUUUCAUGAAAAAGGGGGAUUUGAAGAAGAAAGAAACACUCCUGUAUUUCAACAGCAGAAACAACAAGAAAAGGAGCAGCAACAACACAAGGUCACUCAGGAAGCUAACCGUGUUCAACAACCACUACAAAUACAAAAUAAGUACCAUUCUGAUUCUCAAAAAUCACAAAGAGUUUCAAAACAGGCUCAGAUUGCUCAAUCGUCGUCACUUACCAAUGACUUACCCAUAUUUGAUGACUUCCUUGAAGCUCAUCAACAUCACUAUACUAGCAACAACGACAACAACAACAACAAUGCCAACAUUGACAAUACCUUCAACUGGAACCCAUUCAAUGACAAAGAAGCUGGUAAGGAAUCAAAUAAAAAUACAUUUGCUUCCUUAGCACCUAGAGCCGUGCUUGACAACCAAUCGCCUGCCUCAUUGUCUAGGAAUGAAAAGUACUAUGGUGACUAUGAAGUUGGUCAGGAUAGGUUUGAUUAUUACCCAUACUUUGAUGACUUUAAGCACCAAAACCCAUCACCUACUAAAUCAAUGAUCAAAGAUCAAGGUAAAGGAUCCCCCAGACAUCUUAUCAACGGUAAACCAGUCAGAAGAACAAGUGAAAGUGCCAGCAUCAAUGCGAUCCAAUAUCGUCAUCCAUCGUCAGUUGAAAAUGCUUUGAUUUCUUCGUCUGUUUCGUCGACAGAGAGCUUCCUCAGUCCAUUAGACGAUGAAAUAUUUAGCAGAAUACAUCGUCAAUCACCGCCAAGUGGAGUUGUUGUAAGCGAAGGUUACGGUGUGAACUACCAGUUUGAAUAUAGUUACCAUCAAACCACUGACAAUGAUGAUGAGAAUAACCUAGAGGCAUAUGCAUCUGAAGUAGAGUCCUCAUUAGCACUGAGAGAUUCUGCUUUGUCACGCCCAUAUUCACAUUCAAUAUCAUUGCCACACUCACACUCACACUCACACUCACGAUUUCAGUCACAUGUGCCUGUAAAUGUGCGGGUACAUUCAAAUUCAGUUGGAGAAUUUCGCAACUCACAAUAUUAUAAUGAUCAUUACCACACUAGACAUCACCACAACCAUUUACCACCACCACCACCACCACCACAGCAGCAACAGCAACAGCAACAGCAACACCAUCACCAACAGCAGAGACAUCAGUACCAUGAAAGCUUUAAAUUACCUACUAAUGUCAGAUUUGGUGCUAGACAAGUUGACGAGUCGGUAAUAACCAACAGAAAGAGAAAACUAUCAUCGUCGGGAAUAUCAGUGACUUCUCCAUCGAUAUCUAGUUUUGAUUCGGAUAUACCAUUGUCCCCAACUGACACUUUGAUGAAAAAGCCAUUGAAACGGGACACUAGUGAAUUCAAACAUAAACCGAAAAAGAGUAAAAAGAUCAACAAGGACAAGAAUCCAACUUAUGAUGAUGAGGGUGUUGAUGUGAACGUGGAGGAUGACAACAAUAAAGAUGCCAAACAUGACAUCACUGAUGAGCCAGUGAUUAUAACCACAACAACUAAGACCAUCAACACUACUGUUCGCAAGUUGAGCUAUGCUGGCAAAGACGGGAAAAUAGGUCAUACAUUUGAGUGUCCUCACUGUAAUUCAGAAUUCAAAGUCAAGGGAUAUUUAACUCGUCAUUUGAAAAAACACAGUUCAUCAAAAGCAUUUCAUUGUCCUUUUUUCCAAGAAUCGCUGGCAGGAUCAUCUGCAACAGCAGCAGGAGCAAGUGCACCACCAGCAUCAGCAUCAUCACCAUUAUCAGUAUCAUUGGGAACGAAAUGUCACCCCACUGGAGGCUUCAGUCGUCGUGAUACAUUCAAGACCCAUUUAAAGGCAUUACAUUUCAUUUACCCACCAGGAACCAAGUCCAAUGAACGUAACUUGUUGAGUGGACGAUGUGCUGGAUGUUUUCAAUUUUUUGAAAACAAUAAUCAAUGGUUGACACAACAUAUUGAAACGGGAUUGUGUCAAGGUACUGUUGUUUAUAAGGAGAAGUUGAGACAAUUGAUUGUUGAUGGUAGGAGUGUCAAGAAAGUCGUUAGUGGUAGUGGUAGUGAUGAAGAUGAAGAAGAAGAAGGAGAAGUUGGUGGUAAUUAUUUGGUGCAAAGUGAAAAUGAGGAGGAGUUUGGUAAGGAUAAUGAAGAAGUGGAAGAAGAGGAUGAUGAAGAGGAAUGGAAAUGGGUAAUGAAGAAUAAGAAGCAGGUUACAGUAAAGACAGAACCGGUUGAUUGA